AAGCUAAAGGAUGAUCCUUUGCGAUCAUGCUUAUUAUUUGAUUUUGUUGACUUGGAAAAUUAGCAGAAAAAGUGCAUGCAAAAGAUAUCAACUGCAGGGAACUAGCCCAGACCUAUCUAAUCAAGGCCAACGAUAGAAACAUUUUCUCAUACCCUUCCUACUCCACUACUAUCACACAAACAAGUCACUUCGAGGAUUCGAUCUACAUCCUCUCUUCUAGCUCAUCUCCAUCAGGAAGUGUCAUCUCCAGACUAAACUUAUACACUCUUGAUUUUGAUUGGUCGAAAUUCUAUAAUGUAGAUUUCCAGAGAUUUGUGAUUACUACAGACCAACAAAGAUUGGUUACCUCAUAUGCUUCAACUGGACUCUUAGGAACUAUAAUAUUCUGUACCAAUGACAUUCUUGAAAAAGACCUUCAGACCUAUUUCUGCUACACAAAUACAAAUUUUGACAUAUCCACAAGCGUAAUUCACAUGGAAUCAAAAAACAGUAGCCAUGUCUAUCUCUACUUAACCAGUACAAUUUAUCUUUCCAAGCUCUGCACCUUGGAUAUCUCUGGGCAGUCAGUCGAACCUUUGAAUUGAAAAAGAUUCUAUGAUGGCUUUUACAAUCUUAAGAAGAUCGUUCUAGCUAGGACUGUUAAUAAGAUAAUUAUUAUGUUUGAACUUGUCGGUUCUAAUCAUCUUGCAUUCUCUGAAUAUGAUGUGAGUAAUGAAACACCCAGCACAAGAUUCGGAAUAGAUUGACUUGGCGGCUCCACUAAUUGUAUAACCGAGGACGAUCCACAAAUGCUAGUCAAUGAGAAUACUAAUACUUUUUAUGUCUUGGUCAAACAUGGAAAUAAUGGACUUUAUUUUCUAUCUGUUAAAAUAGGAGAGCUUAAUCUCUCAGGAUCUAAUUCAUUCGAAUUUAAGCUAACAUUUUCUAGUAUACGGUCUCAUGAUCUUGCUUUGAACAAUGAUAACAAAGAAGUAUGGGCAGUCUAUGAAGUUUCCUCAACCCAGCUGAUGUUUGCAAAGUAUAAUACUGAAUCAAAUACGUUUGACAAUCCUGUUUACUACUCAUCCUCAAGAUACACAAAGCUUCAUUUUACUGAUAUAAGUACUGUUGUUCUUGGCAGCAAUGGAACGAAUAUGACAAUUGGGAGAGUUGAUUUCGGCUUAGAUGAGCAUACUGAUUUUUCAACUAUCUAUCUAUCGACAGGUACAUCAAUAUCCGUUUUCAUUGCAAAUGCACCUAUUGAUUAUGCAAGCAAUUCUUCGAUAACCCUAAGCACAUAUGGUUUCCUCUCUAUCACUAGCAUCAGCUCUUCCAAAAAUCCAAGAAGUGAUCUACAAUGGGGUUAUGACUUAGUAUUCAUUCAAAACGACGAUGAAGUGCAAAAGAUAAGAUUAGCACAAACAACUACUACUGAUUUCUGUCCGCCUCUCUCACAAAAUGGAGCAAUGUCGCUUGAUUAUACUUUUUAUCAAAUAAGCCCCACAAAAAGUCUUGGGUAUAAUAUCAGUGUUGAUUCAACAACUGGAAACUUGAAAGUACAAAAUUCUAGAAGUGCAGAAGAGAGUUUGACCAGCUCAGAAUUUUAUUUCAUUGCCAACUCUACCAAUCAAAAUGUAAGAGCAGUAGGCUAUGUAAAAUUUGAGGAAGAAAACAGCGAAGGAGGAAAUCCUGCACUUGCUAAUUUUUUACAGAAGAGUACAUUCAUUGUCGGCCUGAUAGUAUCAGCUGUAACUUCAAUCCUUGGUGGUUCCCUGAUACAAGGAGUUUGGAUGGUUUUCAAUCAGCAGAAACUCUUACUGCUUUUCCUCCUUAUAAAUGCUUACAUUGGAGAAGGAGUUAAAUUCUUAAUUUCUCAGCAAAGUUUUGUAAUGCUAGAUUUGGACUUUAUGAACAACUUCCUUCCUGAUGUAUUUUCAACCCCAUUCUUCAUCAAAGGAUUAUUAGACACUCCUCAAAGAUCAGACAGAAUCAAAGAUGUUGGCUUUGAAUGGGAAAGUGGAGCAGGCCAGUAUUGGAAACUUUUCGGUUGACUCUUCUUACUCUCUAUGAUUCAUUUCCUCUCUUUUAUUAUCAAGAGUAUCUGGAAAUUUUUCACAAAUGGAAAUCAGGAGAUUGACUUUGAAGGAGGAUCAAGUCAGGAUGAAGAGGAAAAAGAAGAGCACAAGCAAAACUCUGAACAGGAUAAAACUAAAGAUCUUGAGUCAGGAUUCGAGGGUCUUGAAUUUGAACUCGAAAAUAAUGAGCCUGGAAUAGAAGAGUUAACACCUGAGUUAGACCAAGUAGAAGAUGAAGAUUCAAAAGAGAGACAUAAUACCACCAAUGUUGGAUUCUGUCAAGAUAUAAGCAAGAGUUAUGAGGACUAUAAAUAUAAACAUGAUAACAUAAUGGAAGAAUCAAAGGAUGAACACAUAGGCUUUGAAGAUGAUAAUGGAUCUGAUUAUGAGAGUGCUGGAUACUCUUAUUCUGGAGAAGGAGAAGAUGAUGAAGAUUUAAGCGAUCCCAAACAAGAUCCUCCAAACCCAAAAUAAGCCUGGAAAGCUCAAGUCUUUGCUGUCUAAAAUAGGAAAACUGUUUGAGUCUAAAAACUUUUGGUCACUCUAUUUUAGAGCAAUGAUAGAAUCUUUCAUGGGAGUAAUGAUCAUCACUCUUAAUGAAAUGAAGACUAACAAAUUGGAGACAGGCUUCCAAAUGAUUUCACUAGCUCUCUCUGUAAUUAUAUUCAUUGGGUAUUUCUUGUUCUACUGUUUUACAUGGGGCAUCUGAUUCUGUGAGUUUAUUGAAAGAAUUGAAAUUGCUCAAAAAAAAGCUCAAAGAAAACUAGAAAGAGAGCAAGAUUCAGACUAUGAGGAAGGCCAAUCUGAGAGCACAGAGGAAGAUGAAGGAAAAGAAGAAAUGUUUUAUGAAGAACUACUUGCUGAUUUAUCUAAAGAGCCAGUUGCUGCAUUGCAUGUACCUCUUGUGUUGACCAGAAUCGUUGUGUUCACUUUUCUGAUCAUUGCUUUUGAUGUUUUUACGAAAGACACAGUGUGGAUGCAAUUUAUGGCUCUCUAUAUCUUCCAGAUAUUGUAUCUGUAUCAGACCGUGAUGUAUCCUAAAUUUGAAUGGUGGCCACUGAACAAUAUAUACAGAAUCAAUGAAGCAUUCCUAUGAGUAUUCAUCUUGUUAUUUGCUCUUCUAAGAACUGCUGACGAUUAUAAAGGAUACUCCUCUACAUCGAUCAUUGUCUUACUGAUAUUCUUAAACACUUCAACAGUGAUAUUCCUUCAAACAUGUGGAGGUUAUAUCCAAGCCAAGAAAGUUAUUAAAGAGGCAAUCAUUUAUUUCAAGAAAAAGGAGAAAGUAGAGCCUGAGCCAGAGCCAGCUCCAGCAUCAAAACCCAAGAGAAAAAAAGUUAAGAAGGACAUGAGACAAUGCUAUUUUGAUGUUACUAAUAUGACAAUUAUGGGAGAAACAGCCCAGAUUAGCUCUACAACUGAAGAAGAAAUUAUUGAAGAAAAUUCAGAGCACUCAGAGAAUCCUCCUUCUAAAAGAAAGAAGCGAAGGAAGAAAGCAAAUAUGAGUUCAAAGUAUGAAGAUAUCCUAAAAUACAAAGAUCAUAAAGCUUAUUUGUCUGAACAAGAAAAAAGAAAGCUCAAGAAGGCAAAAACUUUUGAACGUCGCAAGCAAAAGAAAGUUAAUAAAGCUCUAAAAAGAAUGGGGAAUGAUAUAUUUAAAGACCAAAUACCAGAAGUGCGUAACUCCUUCCAAGAAUCCGGAAGAAACACGAUCAAACGUCACGAAUCAGGCCCUACUACCUUACGUACCACCACUCUGGGCCAUCUCUCCCACCGACACAUGACAUCUAUGAACAUAUUCCCUCCGUUAUUCCAAAAUGGCCUCAAAGAAGAGACCAAGAAUUCUGAUCGACUCUAAAUUCUUCCUGAAAUC